AUGGACGCCGCAGCAUUCGCCCUGAUGCUUCCCCCCAAGAUGCAAGAACGAUCGAGGCCAGCAUCGCCAGUUUCCCCCACAAAGGCCUUUUUCCCAGUCUACCUAAACCCGCCGUUGUCACCAAGGGCCUCGACGCCCCGAAUAUUGCCAACACCGACCGAAAUCCUUCCUGAAGAUCUCGAAGACCUUGGUCUCGCCUCCUGUACAAAACGAGCCAUUGCCAAAGAAGUCCUGACGCUCGUCUCGGAGCGAAACAGGGCCAAGCGCGAGAAGAAGUUCCGCUAUCAGGAAGAGGAACAGCGGGCCUUUGUCGCUUCUCUGGACUCAUGCCGGCAGGCGAGAGAAGACGAGGGAAGGAAUCAGAGAUUGGGGAGCGAGGAGGCGUGGGAAGAUAUUGACGAGGCACGGAGGUAUGUUGAACGGUUUCUCGACGACAAAUGGGAGGCGCAGAGGGCGAACAUCCAGAUCGACAGCGAGUUCAACAUGGACAUGGUGGAAUUGACUGCCAUUGGGGCGAUGAAGAGGAAGGAGGGUGUCAAGGCUUGCAUGAAGUUGCUGGCGGUGCCUGUCAUACACGAAAAGGUUGCUCUGUCGCUCUGGCGGACGCUGCGUUUCCAGGGCAGGGAUACCGCCAUCGCCCAAAAGAGGAUUGUCGGGGAAGAUGCGGGAGAAGCCGCGUCCAUUCAUACCAAGAAGGGCUUCGGCAGACAACCUGGGAGUCGGCCUGGCUUCCUCGUUGAAGUUGACGCCGUUCUCGUCAGAAGCACGAGGGAUGGAGGCAUGUGCGACAAUUCGACCACCGAGCAGACCCGGUAG